UCAUGUAACGUACUGAAAUGUGAUUGGUUGGAAUAAUAUAUUCCCAUCAACAGAAAUUCAAUUUAAUAAAUUUAAAUCCGUGUUCCGCACUAAGCUAUCGAUGGUAUGACUUAUCGGUUUUUAUAGAACACAGUUACAUUUUAGAUCCGUAUUUUCGACCGAAGUGCCCACUGUCGUAUUUUUUGUGGAUGAAAUUAUGUCAUCGUUCGGAAUAUUUGGUAUUGUUUAUGAGAAAUACGAUAACUUAUAUUGAAUUUAAAGUUUCCUUCAUUUAGCUCCGGUCUUCAAUACAUUGACGUGAAAACUUACUGGUGAAAUGUGCGCAAAAAUGUUACCAUCAAUAUUUGUGAGUUGUUUUCUUAUAAAUCUUGUUACGGGUACAUACGUAUCCAACUUGAACGAUUCUUGCUUAAGAUGCCUCUGUCACGUGUCCGGUUGUGAUCUAUCCCAUGGUUGUUCAGACGGUUAUUGUGGACCGUAUUACAUAUCCAGAGUGUACUGGGUCGACGCUGGAAAACCUACUCUACCAGAUGACAGCCCUGAGAGGAAAGAAGCUUAUGAAGAUUGCGCAAGAGACUAUUACUGUUCCCAGAGAAUCGUACAAGGCUACAUGGCGAAGUUUGGAAAGGACUGCAAUGGAGAUGGUGUAACAAACUGCUUCGACUACAUGAUGAUAAACCACCACGGACCGUCAUGUUCGGCACCACUACAUACCACGCAGUUGGGGCGUCGUCGACUGCAGCUCUUCAACCAGUGUCGUUUUAAUCAAUGACAAUAAUCUUUAACGCGAUAAUUAGUCAACUUAUUAAAUGAUUUUUGUAACGAA